AUGGGUCAGACACCAUCCAAGAAGAUGGGCCGCACCCGGUCCAAGGAACUCUCGGCCAACGACCUUGCCGACUCUCUCGCAGCUACAAAGCUGUCCUCUGGGCCUAACCGCUUCGACGCUGCCAGUGGAGCCGGCGGCGCCGAUGCUGCCCGUAAUGGCAAAAACCCCCCCGCAGCCAACGGCCCCAGCAUCCGCACACCAGUGCAGCAGGGCUCGUACGACUCGGCGUCUGGUCGCUCAGCUGCGUCAGACACACCCACGUCCCCCGCAACCCCCACCAUCCUCACUCCUCGCGGACCCGGCCUGGGAUCCUCGCCUCCCCCUCCCCUCGCGUCGCCGGCUUCGCCAGGCGUACGCCCAGGAUCCCCCUCGGGCCAUGCUCACACCAACUCGGGGUCGUCGCUUUCACCUGGUGACGCGUUGACCCAGACAGUCAGCCGCUCGAGCAUCACCGCUCUUCCCGCAUCAGGUCUCGAUGUCGACAGCAUGAUUUCAAGGUUGCUGGAGGCUGGUUACAGCGGAAAGGUGACCAAGUCGCCUCCCCUCAAGAACGCCGAGAUUGCGGCCGUGUGCGCUGCCGCGCGCGAGAUCUUCCUUGCCCAGCCCACCCUCAUCGAGCUCAGCCCGCCCGUCAAGAUUGUCGGCGACGUCCACGGCCAGUACGCCGACCUCAUCCGCAUGUUUGAAAUGUGCGGCUUCCCUCCCCAGGCAAACUACCUCUUCCUUGGCGACUAUGUAGACCGCGGCAAGCAGUCGCUCGAGACGAUCCUGCUGCUACUCUGCUACAAGAUCAAGUUCCCCGAGAACUUCUUCCUCCUCCGUGGCAACCACGAGUGCGCCAACGUGACCCGCGUGUACGGCUUUUACGACGAGUGCAAGCGCAGGACAAACAUCAAGACCUGGAAGACAUUUAUCGACGUGUUCAACGCGCUCCCGAUUGCCUCGAUUGUUGCCAGCAAGAUCUUCUGUGUCCACGGCGGUCUUUCCCCGAGCUUGCAGUCGAUGGACGACAUUCGCCGCAUCCAGCGGCCCACGGACGUUCCCGACUAUGGUCUCUUGAACGACCUGGUCUGGUCAGACCCCUCGGACACGGCCCUCGACUGGGAGGACAAUGAGCGCGGUGUGUCGUUCUGCUACGGCAAGAGCGUCAUCAACGCCUUCUUGGCCACCCACGACAUGGACCUCAUCUGCCGAGCACACAUGGUGGUCGAGGACGGCUACGAGUUUUACAACGACAGGACGCUGGUGACGGUCUUCUCGGCGCCAAACUACUGUGGCGAGUUUGACAACUUUGGUGCGGUCAUGUCGGUUUCAGAGGACCUGUUGUGUUCGUUUGAGCUGCUCAAGCCCCUCGAUGGCGCGGCGCUCAAGAAGGAGAUGACAAAGUCGAAGCGGAAGAGCUUGCAAAACCACCAGUCGCCUCCCAACAACCCGACGGCCCAGAGCUACUAA